UGCUCGCCGCCCGUGGGCCCAGCCGGCGCUUGCGCGGUGGCACGGGCGAGUGGGGGGGCGAGGAGGUGGAGGAGGAGGAGGAGGAGGAGGAGGAGGAGGAGGUGGCGGCGAGAAGAUGGCGACUUCGAACAAUCCGCGGAAAUUCAGCGAGAAGAUCGCGCUGCACAAUCAGAAGCAGGCGGAGGAGACGGCGGCCUUCGAGGAGGUCAUGAAGGACCUGAGCCUGACGCGGGCCGCGCGGCUCCAGCUCCAGAAAUCCCAGUACCUGCAACUGGGCCCCAGCCGAGGCCAGUACUAUGGUGGGUCCCUGCCCAACGUGAACCAGAUCGGGAGUGGCACCAUGGACCUGCCCUUCCAGACCCCCUUCCAAUCCUCGGGCCUGGACACCAGCCGGACCACCCGGCACCAUGGGCUGGUGGACAGGGUGUACCGGGAGCGUGGCCGGCUCGGCUCCCCACACCGCCGGCCCCUGUCAGUGGACAAACACGGACGGCAGGCCGACAGCUGCCCCUACGGCACCGUGUACCUCUCACCACCCGCGGACACCAGCUGGAGAAGGACCAAUUCUGACUCCGCCCUGCACCAGAGCACAAUGACGCCCACGCAGCCAGAAUCCUUUAGCAGUGGGUCCCAGGACGUGCACCAGAAAAGAGUCUUACUGUUAACAGUCCCAGGAAUGGAAGAGACCACAUCAGAGGCAGACAAAAACCUUUCCAAGCAAGCAUGGGACACCAAGAAGAAAUCCGGUAAUGAAGCGAAUGUUUACUCUCAGAAUGAAGGAGGCUCUGGCCAAGCAGAAACCCGUUCAGCUGGCGUUCUCCACAGAGGCUUAACACCCGCCGGUCGCACGCCACCCCUCGGGCACCCCAGUGGCUGCGGGUUGGGCAUUGCCCCCUCAACGACGGGGUCCAGGCCCAAGUCCUGUGAGGUCCCCGGAAUCAACAUCUUCCCGUCUGCCGACCAGGAAAACACUACAGCCCUGAUCCCCGCCACCCACAACACAGGGGGCUCCCUGCCCGACCUGACCAACAUCCACUUCCCCUCCCCACUCCCGACCCCGCUGGACCCUGAGGAGCCCACCUUCCCUGCACUGAGCAGCUCCAGCAGCACCGGCAACCUCGCGGCCAACCUGACGCACCUGGGCAUCGGUGGCGCCGGCCAGGGAAUGAGCACACCUGGCUCCUCUCCACAGCACCGCCCAGCUGGCGUCAGCCCCCUGUCCCUGAGCACAGAGGCAAGGCGUCAGCAGGCAUCGCCCACCCUGUCCCCGCUGUCACCCAUCACUCAGGCCGUAGCCAUGGACGCCCUGUCUCUGGAGCAGCAGCUGCCCUACGCCUUCUUCACCCAGGCGGGCUCCCAGCAGCCACCGCCACAGCCCCAGCCCCCGCCGCCUCCUCCACCCGCGUCCCAGCAGCCACCACCCCCGCCACCCCCACAGGCGCCUGUCCGCCUGCCCCCUGGCGGCCCCCUGUUGCCCAGUGCCAGCCUGACUCGUGGGCCACAGCCGCCCCCGCUUGCGGUCACGGUACCGUCCUCUCUCCCCCAGUCCCCCCCAGAGAACCCUGGCCAGCCAUCGAUGGGGAUCGACAUCGCCUCGGCGCCGGCUCUGCAGCAGUACCGCACUAGCGCCGGCUCCCCGGCCAACCAGUCUCCCACCUCGCCAGUCUCCAAUCAAGGCUUCUCCCCGGGGAGCUCCCCGCAACACACUUCCACCCUGGGCAGCGUGUUUGGGGACGCGUACUAUGAGCAGCAGAUGGCGGCCAGGCAGGCCAAUGCUCUGUCCCACCAGCUGGAGCAGUUCAACAUGAUGGAGAACGCCAUCAGCUCCAGCAGCCUGUACAGCCCGGGCUCCACACUCAACUACUCGCAGGCGGCCAUGAUGGGCCUCACGGGCAGCCAUGGGAGCCUGCCGGACUCACAGCAGCUGGGAUACGCCAGCCACAGUGGCAUCCCCAACAUCAUCCUCACAGUGACAGGAGAGUCCCCCCCCAGCCUCUCUAAAGAACUGACCAGCUCUCUGGCCGGGGUCGGCGACGUCAGCUUCGACUCCGACAGCCAGUUUCCCCUGGACGAACUCAAGAUCGACCCCCUGACCCUCGACGGACUGCACAUGCUCAACGACCCCGACAUGGUUCUGGCCGACCCAGCCACCGAGGACACCUUCCGGAUGGACCGCCUGUGAGCGGGCACGCCGGCACCCUGCCGCUCAGCCGUCCCGACGGCGCCUCCCCAGCCCGGGGACGGCCGCGCUCCGUCCCUCGCCAACGGCCGAGCUUGUGAUUCUGAGCUUGCAAUGCCGCCAAGCGCCCCCCGCCAGCCCGCCCCCGGUUGUCCACCUCCCGCGAAGCCCAAUCGCGAGGCCGCGAGCCGGGCCGUCCACCCACCCGCCCGCCCAGGGCUGGGCUGGGAUCGGAGGCCGUGAGCCUCCCGCCCCUGCAGACCCUCCCUGCACUGGCUCCCUCGCCCCCAGCCCCGGGGCCUGAGCCGUCCCCUGUAAGAUGCGGGAAGUGUCAGCUCCCGGCGUGGCGGGCAGGCUCAGGGGAGGGGCGCGCAUGGUCCGCCAGGGCUGUGGGCCGUGGCGCAUUUUCCGACUGUUUGUCCAGCUCUCACUGCCUUCCUUGGUUCCCGGUCCCCCAACCCAUCCGCCAUCCCCAGCCCGUGGUCAGGUAGAGAGUGAGCCCCACGCCGCCCCAGGGAGGAGGCGCCAGAGCGCGGGGCAGACGCAAAGUGAAAUAAACACUAUUUUGACGGC